GAGAUCGCUGUCUUGCACCCAUGCUCUCGAUCCACAGUGCCGUCCCUGCCUUCUCCGCCCCAACGGUGGUGCGGGCGCCGACCCGCGCGGUGGGCGCGACCAUGUUCAACGAGGGCGACAUCGGCGUCACCCCGCCGCUCGGCGUGUGGGACCCGCUCGGCCUGAUUGAGAAGCGCGACAUGCGCCGGUACGAGAUCAUGGAGAUCAAGCACGGCCGCUCCGCCAUGCUCGGCUUCGUCCACAUCCUCGCCAUCCACGCCGGCGUCCGCCUGCCCGGCUACCUGUCUCAGGCGGCGGGCCUCAAGUUUGCUGACAUGCCGGUCGGGUGCUUCGCGUCGCUCGAGGCGACGCCGACCGCGGGCUGGCUCCAGAUCAUGAUCGUCACCGCUAUGGCUGAGACGGGCGCCGGCAACGUGCCCGACCUGCCUGGCCCGUCCGGACUAGCCGGCGGCCCGACUGGCCUUGUCAAGGC